GAAAGGCUGGGUAAGGGGGUGGAGGUGCGAGGGGGAAGGCAGCUGCAGCAGCACCACGACAGACACUCGGCAGCUGGAACUUCCCCGCUCGCCUCCCCCCAGCUACAGCAGCGGCAGGGGAGAAGCCGGAGAAGUUUCCGAGCAGAUCUGAUUGGUUCGGGGGCAGCUGGAACACGGCCCCCCACUUGUGCUCCUUGGCAGUGAGGCUGACAGGGACCUGCCUGCCGCGCGGGGUGCGCAGGAGAAGAGGUGGCAGGAGGAGCUGCGAUGAAGCCCUGCGAAGAGGAGGGGCCGGGGGCUGCGGCCCGAGGGGACCCUUGGAAGGAGUGUAUGGAGGCGGCGGUGCAGCUGGCGCGGCGGGCUGGGCAGAUUAUUAAGAAAGCUCUUACAGAGGAAAAACAUGUGUCUACAAAAACAUCUGCAGCAGAUCUUGUGACAGAAACUGAUAAUUUUGUGGAACAUGUGAUUAUUUCUGCUCUGAAAGAGAAGUUUCCCUCCCACAGGUUUAUUGGAGAAGAAUCCACUGCUGCUGGGUCAAAAUGUGUCCUCACUGACAAUCCUACCUGGAUUAUUGAUCCCAUUGAUGGAACCUGCAAUUUUGUGCACAGGUUUCCAACAGUGGCAGUUAGCAUUGGAUUUGCUGUUAACCAAGAGCUUGAAUUUGGUGUAAUUUACCAUUGCACUGAAGAACGAUUAUACACUGGUAGAAGAGGUCAAGGGGCAUUUUGUAAUGAAAAGAGGCUUCAGGUAUCAAAAGAGACAGAUAAGUCAAAGGCCUUGAUCUUAACAGAAAUUGGUCCAAAACGUGACCCUGAGACUUUGAAAUUGUUCCUCGGUAACAUGGAGAGCUUACUCAAAGCCCAAGUACAUGGGAUCCGUGUAAUCGGAAGUUCUACCUUGGCUCUGUGCCAUCUAGCAUCGGGUGCUGCAGAUGCAUAUUACCAGUUUGGUUUACAUUGCUGGGACUUGGCAGCAGCUACUGUCAUUAUUAGAGAGGCAGGUGGUAUUGUGAUAGAUACUUCAGGGGGACCUCUAGAUCUAAUGUCAUGCCGAGUGAUUGCUGCCGGCACUAAAGAGAUGGCCAUGUUCUUAGCUCAGGAAAUACAGACUAUUCACUACAGACGGGAUGAUGAGAACUGAGUGACAUUAAAUACAUUUACAAGUAACAUGGAGUUUGUCCUUCUAAGCUACUUAACUUCUUCCAAGAUGGGUGUCUUAGAGGGUACGUGAUUUUAACAGCAUGCUUUCUGUGCAGGUUUUCUGUGUCAAAUGUUUUAAACAGUUUUAUUACAAUGUGGCUUCCCAACACUGUGGGGUGCGGGGAGGGAGAUUUUUAAAACCUCUAAGAUUUGUGGCUUCUUUUUAAUAUGCAUCUAUUUCAGAAGUACCUUUUUUAUAUGAUCACCUGUAGCGCUUGUUGCCAGAUUCAAAGUUUCACAUCUGUUCAGGCUGAAACUGAGUCUUUUGUAACAUAUGCAAAUAAAAAGAAAACUUUAUUUUUACAAAACACAGAUCUCAGGUAAAUGAGCUUUAGGAUUGUAGUAGAUGAUAAGUAGUUAAAAUGUGUGCCUACCGUACCCAUAUUCAACAGUACUUGAGAAUGCAAUAAAAAGUGUUAUUACUCCAUUUCUCUUUUCUAACAAUAUCAUGGCCAUAUAUAUGUAUAUUUUGGAGAUUUACAGUGAUUUACAAAGUAAACAGAAGAAGGUGAUUUUAGGUAUUUGUUUAUAGGAAGUAUAUAUAUUAUCUUUAUGGAUGCAGUGGGAAUUAUCUAUAUAGUUAAUAACAGAGCUGCUAAAAAAUGGAAAAUAUUUCAUGAUUUUUUUUUCUUCAGAUUGUCCAACCAACUCUAGAUUAUAGAGAAUGUUAACCAAUUGCAGCCAAAUCUUACAGUCCUUAUUGAACCCUUACUGAGAGCUCAAACCUACAAACAUUUACUACCAUAGAGUAGCUGUGACUAGUGGGCAGAGAGCUUACUACCAUGAGUGCUGAUGUCUAUGGGGACUAUUCACAAUGGUAAAUACUAUACAUGGUAGUUAGUUCUGGAAAAUAGGGCCCUAUGUCAAGGAACUAUUGACUUCAGUGGAAGUUUCGCCCAAGAAGAAACUGCAGGAUUUGGUCAUUAGACGUAAAUUGUAAAAAUGGGCACCUUAGUUGUACUUGCAAAAAGAUAAUUGUAACAUAAAGUAUUCAUUUUGCACAUACAAUUGUAGUCACCUUCAGAAUAUAUGGAAAUCCUGUAAAGUAAAUGACUAAAUCUAAAAGCACAAAACUUCUGUGCAACUCUAGUUUUGGGUUUGGCACUUUCUUUUAAAUCAAGUUGAUACUUUCUAUUUUUUUAAAAGAAAUCAUAUUAUCUGACGCUACUGAACUUCCUAAAUGUUAGUGUCCAGAAAAGAAUCUGAGAUUAAACAUGGGGAUUUACCUCUAGUUUUUCUAUUGAUUUUGAGAAUUCCAAUCUACAAUUAUUUUUUAAUAAUACAAAGAAACAAAAAGGCCUCCAAAAUACAUAUAGGUCUAAAUUUUCAAAAUCAGUUCCUAAAUUGCACAUGCAGACUAUGCAAAUAUGCAUGUAAACUGCCAUGAGAAACUGGAAAUUGAGUGCACAGUUAUCCAUUUUGCAUGCACAGCUAAAGAACACAUUGUUAAAAAUAUUAGCCGUUGUUCAUGCCUUUUAAUUUUUUUCUGUGAAAAAUGUUUUUCAUUACAAGUAUAACUUGUAUACUGUAUUUUUUAAAAUGAGAAAUGCAAAAUGCUGGCUGUGGAGAGAAUGGCUGAAAUAUAGGGCCCUGAUUUAGCAAAGCAUUUAAGCACAUGCUUAAGUCUCAUUGGUCCUGGUUCUCCUCUCCAUCAAAGCACACCUCAGACAGAGGACAAUGACAGAUGCAGGAAGCUGGCUGUGAUUCUCUGAUCUCUGGCCACUUAGCAUGGCAGAAGACAGAGUGGAACCCCUGCUACUCUAGCUUCUGCCACUGAUUGAUGUAAGCUCUCUAAAUGGAGCUUACACCUGCAGAGAAUCAGGUGUAGUGGAGUUCAGUUCCACCAUUCCCCCUCUCGGUCCACCAGCCUAUCCCAACAAGCCCCCUUCUUUUCCUUAUGCCAGAGAGACAGCUGGUUUAGAAUGUGUCUGUACCACCUCUACCACCUCAGUAGAGAUUCCUUGUACGCAGGAAGACUCUCUGGCUGGUUUAAAUUCACUCUGCACAUGGUGCACUUAAUGGAUGAAAGAAUCCUGCCCACUGAUUUUCAUGGCAUUUGAGCACACUUAAUGCUUUGCUGAAUUGGGGCUUCAGCGAGGGGGGCUGAGGGGAAUGUCCAGAAAUCCAGUCUCAGAUUCACCUGUUACUGUCAUGGAUAAAUCAUUUUUUAAAAAUAAAUAGAAAGCGUCUGAGAGUUGCUGAGCGCCUCAGACUCCUACUGAUGUUAGUGGAGUUAAGGAUGAUCAGUAGCUUCAAAAGACCCAGAGUUUGCAGUGCCAUUGGCCACGGUGAUUCCACAUCUUAUUUAGAAUUAUUAAUUAGCUGACAGUUCUUAGAGGUAAAUCCUGUACUAGAUUUUGACCUUCCCUUCCAUCUUUCCUUGCUUGCUAGCUAAAGCUCUCUUUUGUAGGCAUACUCCUUACUGUACACUUUCCAUUCUAAGGUUUAAAUCGGGAGUUCUCAAACUGCGGGCAGGACCCCUCAGGGAGUUGAGGUUAUUACAUGGGGGGUCAAGAGCUGUGAGC